CGAGGCCACUGUAGCGCGUCUCUCCGAUCUCAAAGAAGGAUGCAGGACAAGGAGGCUUCAUAUAAAAAUGUGGCUCGACCUCCGCGGUCACAGUCCCACACGCACCGGCGCACCGGAAGGACGAUAUCAUGAAGCUGCUGUGGAUCUUAUCAGCCGUCUUGGCAAUUGCCUUAGCCGAAGACGCGGUAUCAGACGAGAAGCCUAUCGAAGAUACGAAAGCGGAGGAAUCCGAAAUUGUCGAAAAUGUUCUUAGAACGGGUGUCGAUACUAUAAACCCUUCUGCUAGUACAUACCAGGCCUAUGUGCCUCCGAGCCAGAGGCCACCAAGGCCGUGGAAUAACUACCAGAACUAUGUUCCUGCGCCACCCAAUGGCAACUACGCUAGCUACUUCACAAACCCUACUCAAACUAUACAGAACCCUGAAUACAACAUCCAAAACAACUUCCCCGCGCCCAGCUUCAACCCUCCCCAAAACAACUUCAUAUCUCAGCAAUCUACCUUCAAUCCUACUGAGAACCUCCCUUCCAUUCCACAAAACAUCCCUUCUAUUCCACAGAACAUCCCAUCCGUUCCCCAGAACCUGCCUUCCAUUCCUCAGAACAAUUACAUUCCCUCCAUACCUCAGAACAACUACUUCCCCGCUCCAGCUAACAACGUGCAGGCGGUGCAAAGCGACUACGUCCCUCCUCAGAACGACUGGAACCAACAGCAGGCUCAGCAGGGCAGUUGGAAUCAACAGCAGGGCAGUUGGAACCAACAGCAGGGCAGUGGGAACCAACAGCAGGGCAGUUGGAACCAACAGCAGCAAGGAGGCUGGACGCAGGCUCCCGCACCUUCCACCACUCCCGCUACCGUCAUCAAGAAUGAACAGAAAGUCAAUGACGACGGAAGCUACAAAUACGAGUACAAAAUCUCCGACGGCCAAUGGGUGAGCGAGGAGGGCUACACCAAGAACAAGGACACCGACAACGAGAUCGUGGUGAAGAAGGGCUGGUAUUCCUACACGGGCGCGGACGGGAAGGUCUACACGGUCACCUACUUCGCCGACGAGACCGGCUACCACGCCAGCGGCGCACACCUGCCGACGCCGCCGCCAGUGCCCGAGGCUAUUCAAGCGGCCUUAGACCAAGCAGCUAAGGAAGAAGCCGAGAAGCACAAGCAGCAGCAGCAGCAGAAUUACUACCCGAGCUCGACCCCAGCGCCGUACUACCCGACUACCCAAGCAGCCUACUACCCGACUACCCAAGCAGCUUACUACCCACAACAGCAACAAAACUACUACCCGCAACAGCAAACUUACUACCCGCAACAGAACCAACAAAACUACUACCAAGGGUAGAGUCUAGUCUAGAUAAAACAGCGAAUUUAUUUUAAUAGAUUAAAAUUAACGAUAGAGAUUCGAAUUACCAUAACUGUGUUAAAGAGGAAUUAAUUUAAGUCUCAUAAAAAGAUACUCAUUUUAAUUUAUUUGACGAAUGUCGAACAGUGUAACGGUUAGCCUAUUAGUAAGUAUGUUUGAGGAAACAAAAUGCUUUGUAAAUGUUACGCGCGUCCGUAAAUAUUUGCAAUAGCUUUGCCAGUUAUCUUUUUCACGAAGAUUUGUUUGUGAAAUUGAUUACUGCUCAUACGAUAUACGCUGCCAGUGAUACUUGCUAUUAUGAAAUAAACCUUUUUAUAAGAAA